ACGACGUUUGAUUAUACAAAGAAACCCAGCCCAUUAAGCUUACAAAACAACCUCUAAGCCCAAAUAGAUACCAGACGACGACGUUUUGAUUCUGUAAAAUUGAAAAUUUGGUUUGGUAUCAUCUUCUUCUUCUAUCUCAAAUCUCAUCGCCGGCGUUAGGUUUUUUUUUUCUCUCAACAAUGGCGUCUCUGGCCAAGUUUCACUACUGUGACCAAACACUUCACCUCCGACUCGAUAGUCACCGUAAACCCCAGCCUAAACCUGUUUCGUACCGAAUCUUACAAAAACCUCCUCCGCCUCGCGCCAUCAGAGCUUCUUCGUCUUCAUCAUCAUCAUCAAACCCUAAACCAUCUUUCUUCAAAACCACCUGCGUAACCCUAACAACAGCCGCCGCUUUAUUCUCCGCUUCCCUCCACCUCGCCACCAAACCCGCCACCGCAGCAACUCUCGUCUCACCUCCUCCUCCACCAUCCACGACGGCGGAUCUCACUGAUCAAAUCUCGUCGCGUCAAAAGGAAGAAGAAGAAGCAGCGCUGGAGAAGCAUCUCACUAACAAUCCAAACGACGUCGCAGCUCUUCAAUCUCUAAUGAAAAUCAAAUUCCAAACCAAAAACCUCGAACACGCUUUAGAGAUUCUAAACCGUUUGAUCGAAAUCGAACCCGAAGAACAAGAAUGGCGGAUCUUAAAAGCUCAGGUACAAACCUACGGCGGCGAUUUCGAAUCAGCAACGAAAGGAUUCGAAGAGAUUCUAGCUAAAGAUCCGUUUCGUGUCGAAGCUUAUCACGGAUUAGUAAUGGCUUACUCUGAAUCCGAAUCAAAGUUAUCAGAGAUUGAGAGUAGAAUCAACGAAGCGAUUGAGAAAUGCAAGAAGGAGAAUAAGAAGAAAGAUUUCAGAGAUUUCAUGUUGUUGAUUGCACAGAUUAGGGUUAUAAAAGGUAAUCCAAUUGAAGCACUUAGGGUUUAUCAAGAACUGGUGAAGGAUGAGCCUAAAGAUUUUAGACCAUAUCUAUGUCAAGGUUUGAUUUAUACAUUGAUGAAGAAGAAAGCUGAAGCAGAGAAGCAAUUUGAAGAGUUUAGAAGAUUGGUUCCUGAGAAUCAUCCUUAUAAAGACUAUUUUGAUGCUAAUGUCCUCAAUAUUAACAAGCUUUGAGUUUGUGUUUGGACUUUUAUUUUGUUAUCACUACUAAACUUGCGAAAAUGCG